AUGGAGUACCUGUUCUACAACAAAGCCACAGUAUUUUACUGGACGCAGUCAGCAUUCAACGAGGUCGGCCGUCAUGGGCCGGUGAUCCUAGGUGGUAUCUGGAAUGCUUGGUCCAAUGCUCUGGGCAGGGAACCACAAAUGCAACUUGAUGAAUUCUUUGCUGUUCCCGUAAGCGUUAAGGAAGAAUAUGCAAAGACAGUCCGCGGAAUACUGCGAGCGCAUGAGUCCAUUUGCUCUCAGGUUCGAAAGACGAUAGAAGAAAACAACAGAGCUGAUGCUUUUAUCAGAAUGUGCAAGCCUUGGCCGGACCCAAGACACUUCAAACUACAUUCGAUUUGUGAAGCACUUGUAGUAGUAUUCGACGAGUUCAAGUUCGUGGCCGUUGAGAAGCACGCAGACGGCCUUCGUCACUUCGACGACUUUGCCCAGAACCAGAGCAUUUUAUUGGUCCGAACAGGUCACGAAAAUCGGCUUAGCGCACCGAUUAGCUUCGAGUCUUUGAAGGAUAAAGCAUUACCUCUCGCGAGAAGUGAAGACAUGGGAACCAUUGAUGUUAUUCGAGUCCCUUUGCAAGUUGGCGUCCAUUUUGUGGCUCACCUUCUAUUGUGUGAAGAAGCCGCACUUCCAGAAUCGGUCAUGUCAGCACUUCCUAUAUCGAGGGAAGCAGACCAUCCGUUCAUGAAGUGGGAGAGAGAAGCGCAGGAGUAUGGAGAAGAACGAUUGGCGCGUGCACAGGCACAAGGCAAGAUCGAACCAUUUACAACAGCAGCAGCUGUGAGGGAGGUCGUGCUGCGCCACAGGUUCGACAUAUAUCCUCAGCACUACGAUGCUCCGUAUCCUUUUAAGUUUUUUUGGAUCUGA